AUGGACUGCCGUGUGCGUGUUGGCAACUUCAAGUGGUUUGGCGGUGUGCUGGCACCCAACGGCCUAAUCUACGGCAUUCCUUCCCACCACUCGUCCGUUCUCAUCAUCGAUCCAACCGACAACUCGGCCGACAUUACCACCAUGUCUGGGCUGGGCGCUCUGCCAUACAAAUGGAAUGGCGCAGCGCUGGCCAACAACGGCAUGAUCUAUGCGUCCCCACGCGACUCAGACCGCGUGCUUAUCAUCGACCCCAGCACCAACACCGCCGACAACACCACGAUUGCCGGCAGCAGUGCGUUGCGCGAGUCCAGCAACAAGUGGUUUUGCAACGUCGUCCUGGGAGACAACCGUGUGCUCGCCGUUCCGCUGCAAGGCACGGCGGCACUGGUCAUUGAUCCCGCCACCAACGUCGUCGACACAAUCACCAUCGCCGCCAUCCCGCCCGGCACGCUCAACUGGGGUGGCUGUGUCCUGGGUGAUGAUGGCGCAGUCUACGCUGUGCCAUCGCACUCGUCCUCCGUCCUGGUCAUCGGCACACACUGCUGA